UUGAAGAUGGCGGCACCGGUGCUGAGAGUUUCCAGAAGAUGUCUUUGCUCUCAGGCCACAAGAACGCGUGUAACAAGACCAAGAUCGCAUAUUGACAGAAUAAUUCGCGUAGACCAUGCAGGAGAACUGGGAGCUGAUCGAAUAUAUGCUGGGCAGAUGGCAGUUCUCGGAAAAACUAGCGUAGGACCAACCAUCCAGCAUAUGUGGGAUCAGGAAAAGGAACACCUUAAAAAGUUUGAGCAGAUUGUGGCUGAGAGAAGAGUCAGGCCCACAGCUCUGAUACCUCUGUGGAAUAUAGCAGGAUAUGUUUUAGGAGCAGGAACUGCUCUACUUGGGAAGGAAGCUGCCAUGGCUUGUACUGUAGCUGUGGAAGAAGUGAUCAGUGAACAUUACGACAAUCAACUGAGAGAGCUGCUAGUAGAGGGGGUGACAGAUGAAACUAAAGAUUUAUUAGAUACAAUACAAAAGUUUCGUGAUGAAGAGUUAGAACAUCUCCACAUCGGGGAGGAACAUGAUGCUGAAAAGGCACCGAUGUACCAAGCAUUAUCCACAGCCAUACAGACAGGUUGUAAAGCAGCUAUAUGGUUAUCAGAGAGGAUAUAGCAUCACAAAGAACUACUUAUUGAAGUUCUUACUUCUCCUCAGUUUUAUUAUCUCUGAGAAAUGGUUAAGCUUCUCUCUUUGUAAGUUAUUCACUUGGAUACUGGCCAUCAUGCUUUCCUUAUAGACACCUCUUCUUUGAAAAGACAAGUGACCAUGAAGGCUGGUAUCAAGGGAUGUGAGAUUUUCAACAGAAGCUUACACUAGCAUGCAGCUCCAAGUAAAUUGAAAGUGAUGUGUACAUGUUUAAAGUCCAAGAGAAUUGCAUUCAAAGGAAAUACUAGGAAAAGUCAAGAUUUGCUUUAAAUAUAGUAGGCAGGUUGCUAAAUGUAAAAAAAAUACUAUAGGGUUAAGCAUCUUAUAUGAUGCCUACAGCAGCUCAAAACUGUGGUUUCCAUUUGUAAUCCAGUAGUCAUUUUCCAUCUGUGCUGACAUUCUUCUGAGGGUUUCCAGACUGAGUUAUUUAACCCUUUUACUCCCAGAUCCAAUUUUUAAUUCUCCUUACUGCCAGCCAUACAAUUCUUAUGUUAGUUCAAAGAAUUUAGUAUUAGAUCAACUAAUUAUCCCCAAAUUGAUAUUUUUCUUUAUUCUCAUCACUUAUCUGGUUGAUAUUGUAUUGAUAUUGUAGGGAGAAAUUCUGUCUUGGUCACUCAUGGGAGUUAAAUGGUUAAUGUUUGUUGACUGGUGACUUCACUGUUGUACUUGUUGUACUUG